UAUUCCCACAGAUCUCAUUUGUCAUAAGACAUUAGUUAGAAAGGAAGAAAAUUUGGAGAGAGAGAGGCUUUUUUAUUUUGGUUUUUGGGUGACUUCCGAAAGAGAGAGAGAGAGAGAAAGAACCAUGGGAAAGAGAAGGAUACAAAGAGAGAGAGACUUUAUUAUGUAAUCCACUCUUUUUGUCCUUUUGAUUAAAAACCCCACUUCUUCACCGUUUUCAUUCUCUAUUCUAUGCUCUUCUUCUCCUCAUACUUCUCUCAAUACUUAUCUAUUAUUCUCCUUUUCACUCUUCCUUAGGGCCCAAUUCGAGUUCUUUUCUCUACUGAUAACAAAAAGAGACUGAGAUUUUGAAAAUACCAAAAAAAAAAAAAGAGAUGGUGACUGGUUGGAGAAGGGCUUUCUGCACUUCUAUUCCCAAAGACAGAGAACCCAAAGUUUUGACAGAGAAACAACAGCAUUGCGACGAUGGAAGUAGCGACCUCCGUAGCCCCAAAAUCACCUCCAAAUUUGGGUUUUUCUCUAACCCAUCAACCCCGCGUUUGCAAUCUCAACCUGUAUCUACUCCAAGUCUCCGAUGCCGGACCACCGUCACCGCCGCCACCACCCCAAAUUCCUCCCUACCCAAUAGCCCAAAACUCCUUUGUAACGUAUCUUCAACACCAAAGAAGAACAACCACCACAGCAACAGCCCAAGAUUAUUCAAUUUUUCAAACCCAUCAUCUCCCAAAUCACCCUCUAGCUUCUCACUCCUCAAAUCCACCUUACGACUCUCCAAAACUAGAUGUGGAAUCUGCUUAGAGAGCGUAAAAGCUGGACAAGGAACAGCCAUUUUCACGGCGGAGUGUUCUCAUUCCUUUCAUUUUCCUUGCAUUGCUUCCCAUGUCAAGAAGAACCAAAACCUUGUUUGUCCGGUUUGCAGUUCUGGCUGGAAGGAGCUCCCUCUGCUAUCCUUUCACCAUACCCACACCUUGCAGAGCGGUGUGAAUAAGAUCAGUAGUCCCGACCCUUCGAAACUCAAAGACGUCAAAGCUAAGUCGUUGCGAGUCUACGACGACGACGAGCCUUUGAUGUCUCCAACCUCCGGCACACGCUUCAAUCCCAUUCCUGAAACGGAUGAAGACGAAAGUGAACAAGGUGACGAAAACUCCGUUUCGGAGUUCCAAGGUUUCUUCGUCAACCCAACUUCUACUACUCGAUUGGCUACAGGCGGCAAUCGGAGUACUGGGAACGUUGAGAUGAGGCUUUUACCCGACGCGGCGAUUGUCUCCGUCGGGAGAAGCUACGAGACAUAUGCAGUGGUAUUUAAAGUUAGGGCUCCCUCGUCUCAGGCGGCGAAAACGAUAUCGUCAUCGAUUCUGAACCCUGGGCGAAGAGCUCCAAUCGAUUUGGUGACGGUUGUGGACGUCAGCUCCAGCAUGAGCGGCGCCAAAAUCCAAAUGCUGAAGCGCGCUAUGCGUCUGGUGAUAUCCUCCCUCGGUUCUGCGGACAGGCUUUCCAUUGUCGCCUUUUCGGCCACUUCGAAGAGGUUGCUACCUUUGAAAAGAAUGACAACCACCGGCAGGCGAUCGGCGCGUCGGAUUGUCGACGCUCUCGGGACCGUCGGUCAGGGCAUGUCCGUAAGCGACGCGCUGAAGAAGGCCGCGAAGGUUCUAGAAGACCGGCGAGAGAAGAAUCCUGCCGCAACCAUCAUGAUGCUCUUAUCGGAUAACCCUCCCGCCUGCGACGAUGAUCAACGCCGCUAUGACCGGACCAGUCGAUCCUCGUCACCCGCAGUGUCAUCCACGCGCUUAUCCUCCUUCCUCGAUGUCCCCGUCCACACCAUAGGCUUCGGGGACCCUUCGUCGGAGGACGCGUUCGCUAAUUGUAUCGGCGGACUGUUGAGCGUAGUGGUUUCCGAUCUCCGCCUCCAGCUAGGGUUGAUAUCCGGUUCGUCUUCUGCGGAGAUCGCUGCUGUUUACUCGUUGACCAAUAGGCCGGCUGUUCUUGGGUACGGUUCCGUCCAGUUGGGGGACCUGUACGCAGAGGAAGAGAAAGAAUUGCUUUUGGAACUGAAAGUCCCUUCGUCGUCUUCCAUUGGUGUUCAUCACCAUGUGUUGUCCGUGCGAUCAUCUUACAGAGACCCAUCGACCAUGGAGCUCGUUUACUCCAGAGAACAGACUCUCCUCAUACCUCGCCCCCAGGCCGUCCGAUCAUCAUCGUCUUCUCCGAACAUCGAGCGAUUGAGAAAUCUCCACGUGGCGACGCGAGCUGUGGCGGAGUCGCGGCGGUUGGCGGAGCACAACGAUCUCACUGGCGCUCACCACUUGCUCACUUCAGCUCGGGCUCUGCUCAUUCAAUGCGGCUCGGCGUCGGCUGAAGAUUACUCGCGCGGCUUGGAAGCCGAGCUCUCUGAGUUGAGCCGGCUUAGGCAUCAACAUCAGGCGCAGAGGCAGAGAACUACUGUUACGAGCCGGCGGGAUGCUGCUAAUAAUAGAACGGAAGAUAAGCCUGAGCCGCUCACACCGACAUCGGCUUGGCGCGCCGCCGAAAGAUUGGCUAAAGUGGCUAUUAUGAGGAAGUCGAUGAACAGAGUUAGCGACUUGCACGGCUUUGAAAAUGCCAGAUUUUAGAUUUUUAUUAAUUUUCUUUUUCUUUUUCUUUUUAAUUAAAUAUUUUGUAAUACAAAGGAAUAUAUUUGAAUAUAUCUGGAAAAAAAUAAAAAAUAAAUUUUUAAAGAGAAAAAAAAAACAA